AUGCUCUCGGCGGAGCCCCGGCUCCUCGGCUACGCCGCCUCCCUGGCCUCGCUCGGCUCAGGCUUCAUUGCGGUCGGGGCACCACGGCACAACGGCAAGACGGGCGUGGUCGACAUCGCUCACUCGUCCCGUUUAAAAACCUCAGCCGGACGUCUCUUUGGCGAGAAUCCCGGAUGCCUGUUCGGGUCGGCGGUUGCGGCGCUGGUGCAAUGGCCGCGGCGAGCGGUCGUCGCGGUUGGCGAGCCGUGUCCAGAGGAACCGACGGGGAGGGUUUCUAUCGUCGAGCUCGAGCUUCGCGCCGGAGGCACCGUCGUCGCGGAGAAGAACCGCGUCGUCCUGCAACCCGUGGCAGCAGGUGGCGGGUUCGGCUGCUCCCUCGCGGCGCUCGGCGAGGACCGGCUCGCCGUCGGCUCGUGUGCGGGGCAACAGGUGCUGAUCUUCAGGCUCAACGCCUCGCACGCCGCGACCUCUGCGACUCCACCUCUGCAGCCGGUCAGCCGGCCAUACAGCUUUGGUGCGUCGCUCGCUUUUGUGAGGCUCGGCGGCGGUGUCCCGGCCCUCGCCGUCGGCGGGCGGCGGCUGUCCUUCGGCGAGGGCACCGUCUGGCUCUUUGCCCUCAACUCCUCCGACGCCGUCGUCUCGACCGCCGCCGUGGACAUGAACAGUGUCGAGGCCGCGCGGCCGAUGCCGCCCCAGUCCUCGGGGCGCAGCCCUCACUUCGGCUCGUCGCUCGCCGCGAUGCUCGACGCCAACUACGACGGGCGCGAGGAGCUUCUCGUGGGCGUCGAAGGGAUCGGCGCCGUCUUCGUCUUGGACCUGCAGUCGCCCCCUUGGGACGGGACGGGCGUCGGCGAGGCUUCGCCCGGGCUCGGCUCCUCGCUGGCGGAGGUGCUACCAGAGACCGACGCGGCGGCCAACCCGCUAGCCGCGCCGGCCGUCCGGACCGUUGCCGUGGGCGCUAAAGACACGCCGCGUGCGCGCGUCGCAGCCUCGCUGUGCGCCACCGGCCCCUCGCCCGUCGCCCGCAGAGCCGAACAGCCAUUGGGCGGGGGCCUAGGCCGCGCGAUUGCUGGCGGCGUGACUCUCCUGCUGCUGGCCUCUCUAGCCAUCUGGAUGACCCGGCGGCGGAAGCGGCGCUUGUCGCGGCUCGCUAACCGCGCCGCGCGGGAGAAGCGGAGACAAAUAGCUCGCACGCAGUCGGCGGGCGGUAGCAGUAAGGGCAGAGGCGGCGGCGACGGUGCCGUCUGCGUGGCACUCGAGCUCAAGAAGCCGACGCGCACAUCGCCACUCGGCGUGGAGCUCGAGGCCGACGUCGACAGGCGAGGCGUGCGCGUCGUCGCUCUCGACCCGCGAGGCGUCGGCUGCACCUCGGGACGAUUGCGCGUCGGCGACGUGAUCUUCGAGGUGAACGGGACCUCCGUGGUUGAGCCGAACGCGGCGGCGGCGCUUUUGCGUGGGAGCUCGCGCGUCGUCGCGAUGCGAGAGGUGGUGGCAAUCAGUCCGGGGAGCCCCCAGCUCACCAAACCCGUGACGUCACUAGCCCCAUUCAGUUUCAACACUAGUCACGAGCUGGACGUCUGAGCUGUGAUAGAUUUGUACAGGGUCUCUGAGGGCUGACAGAGAUUUAUUCGGGGGGGGGAGGGACCGGUGUGAUACUAUGCACCUGGCUGCACAUUUGUACUGGGCUGGGUUAUUAGGCAUUGUUGGGU